AUGACCAGCUCGUCCGAUGGUCUUGCCGGUGUCCUAGAAAGCAUGCCGGAUUUCUCGCAGUUCGCCUUCUCUUCCACUGGCGAAAGAAAGUUCCAGCUCCAGCUCCUCCUCGACACCAAGGAAAAGCAGCUCCAGCAGGCAGGCGCUCUCGGGCAACGCGUCCUCGCCCAACAGAUUGAACUCGAGGAGAAGAUCAGACAGAUUCAGGAGUUCGAUGCAGAACGUGGAGAUGACGAGGAACUAGACACAGAAGGCGAAGAGAACGCUACCGCGAACUGGCAGAGACUAUCAAGGCCUGGGAUAUCGAAAACGCCAAACUUUCAAGUGCUUUCGGUGCAAAGGUGGCAACGCGGCCCACAGAAGUCACCCAACACGUCACCUGAGCGACCAUUGGGUGAUUACCCUUGGUUCUCUAUCACAUUCAUACGUGGAAUCCCCUGCGUUACACGGCCUCCCGAAGAUGAUAUUUCACAGUCACUCCCUAUUAAAGAUUUACAACGUGACGAACCAGAACGCUCGAAAACUCCGGCUUCAUCAACGGCCCAGUCUCGACGUGCCAAGAAUGCUGCGCAUCGAGCAGACGAUGUCGAAUUCGCAUUCGAAAUCGGCAGCGGCCUCCUUACCGAAGUCCGCAGAUUGCAGAGUCUCCUUGGCGAAAGGGACAAGGCUAUCCAGGACAUGAAAGAAGAAAAGGAUGACCUCGAGAAGACUGUUGAGUCUCUACGCACGGCGCUCCGUGCACAGGAACAGAGCUCAGACAAGUUCAAGGAGGAAAAUUGGAACCUCGAGGUUACUCUGCAGGAACUUCGUUCACAACUCUCCGACUCCCAGAGCACGGCUCAACGUCUUGAGUCCGAGCAUAAACGACUCACUAAACUGCUCAACACCACUCGGGAAUCAGCGGACCAACACAAAAACGAAGCUGAGCGCGUUAAGGCUACCUUCGACGAAUUCAAAGCCAAGCACGAGACCGAAUUUGCUCAAGCUCGCAAGUAUGCCGCAGGUCUGCAGCGUGAUAAAUCUGAUUUGCAGUCCACUCUUGACGCAAUGAAGGUUGAGGUUGCUAAGGCGAAUCGUCGGCUUGGCCCUAAGUUUGGAUCUCCUCUCACUCCAGGUGCUGCGAGUGCAAAGGACUUCCUGACACCCGUCGCGCCCGAAGUAGACGAUGUCUUUACCACUGGGGGUGCAUCCACCAAUCGGAGAAAACUGGACUCUUCUGCGGUCUUCCAACCAGAGAAUUUUGAGGACAUUGCAGAUAUCUCUCCUGACCCGUCACCGUCUCGCCCUUUCCAAGCUGCCAACCACCCUAGCAAGGAAAUCGAAGAUCUGCAACAACGUUUGCAACAUGCUCAGCGACAGAUUAAGAAACUCACAGGUUCCCUUCAUCGUGAGAAGGAAAUGCGCAUAGACUAUAAGCGCAAACUCGAGGCUUCCCCCGGCUAUGUGCACGAUGAGAACGAGCCCUCAGAAGAUGCAUUGUUCGACGAUGAUGAUGAUGCCGACGUUGCUUCAACAGAGAGUAAGCCAAAGCGCAAGGUCACACCUUUCCGUAGCGGCCGCACAAGGGGUCGCCGAGGCCGGGGAAGCGGGUUGUCCCACCGAUUCGGAAUGGCAGCCGGUACCCCUUCUUCAGACCAUGGUGGAGAAUCCGCGCUGUUGCUUUCACCUCCACCUCCCGUACCAUCUGUUCCUGGCCGGUUCCAAGAUGGCGCGGAUGAUCUUGACCUUGAGCUUUCGGAAAGCGAAGGAGACGAACGUCAACCUGAUUCUAUUCAAAGUUCACCUUCUCCACUCGCCGUUCCUUCAAACCGCACAAGCAUUGACGGCAUGGAUCCAUUUUAUGCCAAUGUCCUCCGCAGGUCUGCAUCUUAUAGCUCACUACUUUCCAGCUCUAGUCCACUCCGUCAGUCCGUUCUUUCUCGCUCCGCACGUGGAGGUGCUCCUCAACGUCGCUCGCGAGGCGGUGCUGCUUUCCAAGAGGCUCGCCCGUUGUCGCUUGUCGGGCAACCGGAGUCUCUAUCGGCUGCCCUUGCUUUGGAAAUGAUUGCCCCGGCGCCGGAGACCAGUGAAGCGGGCGUCCAGUCUGUGAUUAGAACCUCGGAGAUGUCCUGUCAGACCGAUCAGGUUGAAGGUCCCGUUGUCGAACGCAUGGAGACGGCGACUCAGCAUGGUGUGGUUGAAAUGAAGAUUGACGUGUCUCCUGUUGCCCUUCAAACGAAUCAAGCCCAAGUCCAAACAUCUCCCACACCAAUGGGUGCCUUCUCCCGUGCAUUCUCUCCUUCCUCACGCCGCAUGACCCUUACCCAAGCGGACUUCUCUAGUCUUUCUACUGGCAAUGAGAGCGGCGACACUACCAUUCGGAACACUCGUGUGCCUGGCGCGCUCUCGAUCACAGAUGAAGCAACCGAGAGUGAGGAUGAGUUCGAUGACGGCGCCACGGAAACGGGCAUGGAAACCGAGACAGACGCGGAAGACUACCACGAUGCGCGCAUGAGUAUUGGCAUGACAACCCCUUGGGAGUCGAGAGAGGACUUCCAUUCGAUGUUGACGAUGUCAGACAAUGACUAUUCGGAGAGUGAAGAUGAUGAAAGCAUCAAGGCCUCACGCCUACCAAGCCGCGUGGCUUCUGUCGAGUCAUUUAUGGAGUCACACGAGCUCCCGCCUCUCGUCGAGUACGAGGACAAAGGCAUUGAAGCGAGCUUUGAAGAUGUUAGGGUCGUGGAGGUGGAGGUCGUUAAGCUAGUGGAAGUCGUUAAGGAAGUUGUCAAGGAGGUGCCGAAAGAGGUGAUUAAGGAAGUCGAGGUCAUCAAGUACAUCGAGCAACCGAAACCUGAAGUCAACGAGAUGUGCAUCCAGACGGAUGAACCAGUACCUAUCACUCCUCCAGUCUCCCCCAUUCCCGUUCCCGCAGUAACACCUUCCGGAAAGCAAGAUACGUCUGCAUCGUCCGCCACACCUACUGCUCAUCCCGCACUCACAUCGCCUGGAUCCCCGCUGGGACUGUAUAGAGUAGGUUCUACGGGAGCUCAGUCAUUCCAGUUUGUCCCCACCAAUUCCCCACCUCCCUCUUCACCGGCGCCCAUGCGAGAACCCACUGCACCUCUUGGUAUUAUUCGUCCACUUACCUCCAACUCCGAUCGACGCCAGUCCAUCGAAUCCGCUAUGGAGACCUUUACUGAUGACGGAUCGCACCGCCCACGUACGACGUCCGCUGUGCCCUCUCUCGUGGACAAGACGCGACCACCAAUGGUGGUUCUGCCUCCACCUCCACGUCAGCCACCUCCACCGAACAGUAUGCCCCCGCCUUCAUUCAUUCCCGAGAGAAGAAUGCCAACGACUUCGUCUGCUUCCGAUGUGCCACCGCCCCGUCCAUCGUCUCCUCCCCCGCCAGAGCUUAUCCAGCGCGCAACAACGCCUAUCGGUGCCAUGCUUUCUGUUAACAGGGGAAGUUACGGUCCGAGACAACACGGGUCAAGUAUGCCUCCGCCGUCGAACCUUCGCCAGCCACCAUCUACGAGCAGUUUCCGAUCUGCGGCGAAUGCGGCCGCACACGCUCAAAAUUCUCAAAUGUCAUCCGGCUUGCCUUCGUGGACGGUGCGGGAGAACGAACGCAGGGAACUAUCCAAUACAUCCCUUACCUCAGAUCGCAGCGCCCUGUCUCCGCGGUCUUCGAUGUCAUCCGAUCACAACGUCUUUGUGAACCGCCGCUCGACGAUCAACCCAGCCGAAAAGCCAGCCGAGUCAAUGCGCAAUGGUGCAACAGACCCUGUUGUCAUUCAUGCCAUCACGCAGACCAUGAUCGGGGAGUUUCUUUACAAAUAUACCCGCCGUACGCUCGGCAAAGGACACGGGGAGAAGCGACACAAACGCUUCUUCUGGGUGCACCCAUAUACUAAGCACCUUUACUGGAGUUCAGCAGACCCCGGAUCGCAGAAUGUGUCGGAAUCCAGUUCCAAGAGUGCGUACAUUGAAGGCAUCCGCGCAGUUUUGGAUCCCAACCCCAUGCCACCUGGGUUAUACCAGUAUAGCAUCGUUAUCUCGACGUCCCAACGAGAGAUGAAGCUCACGGCACCCACCAAAGAACGGCAUGAGAUCUGGCUCAACGCUCUUAAAUAUCUGCUAUCCCGACCGAACCCGAAUCCAGGAGCUUCGCUGGCUGAUCCCGUGGGCCUGAAUAGUCCCAUGUCGCACGCCGCGGAGCUUACCGAUGAUGACCAUCGUCAAAUAGCCGAUUCAAGUCCUCACAGCCAACGGAGUGGGAGGAGCAGUCACAACGGUGGCGCGUUCAACACAACUCCCAAGGGAAAGCGGAGUCGCUCACAGCUUUCUGUUAGAGGAUCGGUUGGCAAACGUUCGGGUACACCUGCUGCGGAGUACUUGCGUUGGGCACUUCCUGAAAGCCCGUACAGCCCUACGCGGUCAUUCGAACAAGUAGUGGGAAACAACCAAAAUGACGCAGACCUUGAUUUUGAGUUGCAUGCAGAUUCCAAGUCCGACGGCGGGUUCGAAGGUUUAGAGAACGUACGCGCGUGCUGCGACGGACGGCAUACCGUGGGUCACUCGGGACAUGCACAUCCCCAUCACCAUCACCUCGCUCACCUCCAUAACGGGGAACAUUUGGAAGUGAAUGCACCUGCGCGACCCGCCUCUCCAGCCUGGUCCCUCCGAUCACGAACAGGAAGUGCUCACUCGCACGAGACAGGUGGCUUCUUCUCUUGGGGUCGCGGCGAUGACGGUAAACUUCGUUUCGGCUCACGAAGAUCCACCAGGACUGUACCUAAUGUCACAACGGAUCGGUAGUUGACCCAUCUAACCGAUAUACACAUAUACACAGUCACCUCCUUCGCUUUUUUUUUUUUUUUACUUGUAUCCCAUCGGCUUUUUGGGGUUUUCAUAUACUACAAUCUCGCGCUCUUUUUCAGACAUCUUACGCUCCUUGAUAAUCUAUGGACUCGUCGAUUUUUUCAUAAAUUCGUCUUUAUUUACAUACCUUCGUGGUACUUCUGUCAUAGUAUGAAUCUUUUUUUUUACCAUUCGCAAGGUGCCAAUACCACUCCUUCCAUACCCGUGAGCCUCCUCGAUUCCGGGAACUUUGGAUCGCAAAGAGCAGUGGCACCCCAAAUCGCCGCUAACAAGACAGCA